GGUCGAUUCUCAAUAAAAUCAGAUGUAUUUAGCUUUAGCGUUGUUGUGCUGGAAAUUGUGAGUGGCAAGAGAAAUAGUGGGUUUUCUCGUGAAGAUCAACACCUCAACCUUCUUGGACAUGUAAUUAUUGUCUUAAACACGUAUUUAUGUUUAUUGUUUUUGCGCUAAACCUGGUGACAAGGCAUGUUAACAUGGUUAAAUUUAUACAGGCAUGGACACUUUUUAAGGAAGAAAGGUCGUUGGAACUAGUUGACCCGUAUCUACUUGACUCGGCUAAUCCAUCUGAAGUGCUUCGAUUAAUCCAUGUGGGGCUUUUGUGUGUUCAACAAUGUCCAGAUGAUAGGCCGAGCAUGGCUUCAGUGGUUGCAAUGUUAGACAAUGAAGUUGUGUUGCCUCCAGCAAAUCAGCCUGGCUUUUUUACAGAAAGAGAUGUAUUUGCAGUUAAAAGCACAACUAGAUGUUCAUUCAAUGAAGUAACCAUUACACAGUUGGAAGCACGAUGAAAGUAUAUUAUUUUGGUGCUCGACUACUUAACUGUUGCACAUAU